UUGAACGUUAAAAAUAAUGUUCUUUUCAAACAUCUCCAAUUUAAAAUUUAAAUUUUAAAAUGAGUAUUGAUGAUUGUUCACUGAUUUGUGGUGGUGAUUCCAUGCGUUCAGAAGGUUCUGGAAAGAAGAGUAUCUUGAACACGAAUCCAGAAAAGCCAAAAACCGAAAAGUCAGUAACGAUAGUUGAGCCCACAGCGUACGUUUGUGAGAAGAAAAUAAGGGAAUUGAGGUUAAAAGUGGAUGAACUCAUUGUAAUGCAAAUUGAGAAAAGGAAAGAGGAAUUUAUCGAUCUUAAAAAUGCUUCUUUGCCCAGCAAGGUGAAGAUAUUCGGAGACUAUUUACUCAAGGCACUACUUGUAUUUCUACUCUUCACCAUGGUCAAAGCAAGUAUUUGCCACAGUCAAAAUUGCUAUUGCGAAGUAUACUGGUACGAGACUCUUCUUGCGGGAGUCUUUGGCAUUUUCCACUCAACUUACAAAGACACUUUUCCAAGCUAAUCGAUACAAUAAUUACCAACAAAAGGUUAAAAUACGGAAAUGGAUCGAUGGGAUUCUGUGGGAAACACUCAAGCGAUCAAUUCAAUUCCAAGUCUCCGACGACGAAAGCAAAUGCUGAAACUUCUUAAAUUGGACUAAUAACUCAAAAUUUACCUAAGAAAAGACUUGAAGUACUUAAAUUGUACAUUAAUACAAUAAAUAAAUGAUUGCAAUAGUA